AUGAAGCAAUGGGAAUUCUACGAAGUCUUAUAAAUGCCAAGGUUUAACAUCUAAGCCUCAAUCACAAUAACAAGCAAGAGAAAACCACUUAAACUAGAGAGAUGGUGAAAUCCUCAACUCCCCGUCUCCUCCUUGUGCUGGUGCUCCUCAUCUUUGCCUCUGAUGAGAAAAUGGUGGACAAGGCAGAGGCAAAGGAUUGUCACAAGGUGUGGAACUGCAGAGGAGACCAACGUUGCUGGGAUGACUGCAAGAAGAGAUACAAUGGAAUGGGACUAUGUGAUUUGUACACUGCACCAUCUGUUCCCAAACAGUGCUUUUGUGCCUACAAGUGUUGAUGUAUAAAAUAAUGCCCAUGCAGACUCACUAUGUAUUCACUAUAAUCAUCAUGUGUGGUACGGUAUAAUAAGGUGUCGUUCGGAGUUUAUAAUUUCCUAGUGUAAUAUGGUUUUGUCCAGCAUUUGUAAAUUCCUAAAAUGGCUGGUAAAUGAACACUCUUAGA